GGCGCUUCUCUCUGGUCGCUCGGCCGACCCAUCUAUCUCUAUCUGCUCCAGAGCAGGAGGGCGGCAGACGAGAUGUCAUCACAGGAGGAAGAGGAGGCGCCCGGCGGCACCGGAGAUACCGAUUCGGAAGAGUCCGAAGGCCUGGAACCGCCGCCACGGCCGCCGCCCUUCAGCAUCAGCAAGAGCUGGCUACAGGAGGUGUUGGGUGCCGCUCUCGCGCCGGGCCGGCCCUUUGAGGUGGUGCACUUUGCGGCCAAGUCCGGCAGCGAGCCGCUCGAGGGGCCGCCACCGCCCCCGGGAGUCGUCGGAGACUCUGCCUUGAGUGAAGUGCUCUCGCUGCACGUGCAGUACACCGCCGCGGGGCCACGGGGUCAAACGAGCUCCGGAGCGGUGCACCUGGUGCUCAAAUUGCCCCCCAGAGAUCCUGUCAGCAGAUUCUUCGUCUCCGAAGCACAGUUUGACCUGAGGGAGAUCAAUUUUUAUACCCAGGUUGUGCCCGACUUGUUAGCCGCCGGCGGUGACACCCUUGAGUCGAACUGGUUGCCUAUUCCACAUUGCCUGCAUGCCACCUACCGCACUUCACCGCACCACUCGGUGCUCGUGCUGGAGAACCUAAAAGCCGAGGGCUACCGGAGCGCCGAUUUCGCCGAGGGACUCACUCUGGAUCAAGCUAAAGCCGCUCUGGAGGCACUGGCGCGGAUGCACUCGCUCUCGCUCGUCCUAAAGGUGCGUGAGGGCUCGGAUUUGCAGCAGCGCUACCCUUUCUUGUUCAAAACUGCGGCCGCCACCGACUCUUAUCAGCAACUCGUGGAAAGAGGGUUGCCGCAGCUGGCUCGCUUUUUGCAACGACAGGCGGAUGAGCAUCCGGAACAAGAGGACUUCACGCACAUCUUGGAGGCGCUGUCGGCCCUGCGUCCCAGGACACGCAGCGUGAUCGCGUCGCUUCUGGCGCCGCGCGAGCCGCUGGCGCUGAUCACGCACACAGACUUCUGGUGCAGCAACCUGCUGUUCCGCGACUCGGACGACGGUCGACUGCAGUGCGCGGUGCUCGACUGGCAGAUGGUGGCCUAUUCGCACCCGGCCAACGACCUGGCGCUGCUGCUGGUCAGCUCGCUGGACGCGGUGCCGCGGCGUCAGCACGCGCUCGAGCUGCUCGACUGGUACCUGGCCAGUCUGGAGCGUCUUUGCGCGCCCCUUGGCGUCUCCAUCGACGCCCUCGGCUACACCAACCAGAUGCUGCACGCCGAUUUCAAGCGCUCGCAGCUGCUUGCGCUGCUGCUCUGCGUCGGCUCGGUCGACGUCGCCCUUGGAGAUGAACGCACCGAACGCCGCCUGCUGCACGUCCUGCGCGAUCUUUAUGAGGAGGGCGUGCUCACGGAUGUCGUCGGCCAGGACGAGUGAGACACACACUUGAGUACAGGGUUUUGAUACAUUUUUUGCGGGAGGCUUGAGGAGAGAGAGCAGGGAAAAGGUCUCAAUCAGGGUCUGCCACGGGCUUUCAAUCUAGGCAGCUAUUGAUGGUAAAAUUUUUGACCCAAUCUUUUUGCAUGGCGGAGUCAAUAUUAUUAUAAUUGUUACACACUUUUUUUUUUAUCCCUGCAUUCCAGAAAUCAAAGUUUGUAGUAUUAAAUAAUAGAAAAAAAUAUUUAAGCUAAUUAUUAAAAAGAAUUAUUUUAAUUUUAAGUUGGCAAAAAAGCUUUGAUAAGGGUGGUUAAUUCCAUUCAAUGAUUUUUUUGCAGUAAUUUCCUUGACGCGUUUAAUUUAUAAGUAAAAAUACGCUCAAUAUAAUAUUUGUCAUUUGGUUUGUAAGCGCUUGGAAUUCAUUAUUUACCUCAUUGUGAUAUAGAAAAUUGUGGUCCGAGACCAAGUAUAAAGAAAUAUUUAUAUCUUGUUUUCUUUUAGAAGUAUAAUUUUAUUCAAUUGUUUAUAAAAUUUUAAUAUUUAUUUGCCAGAAAAUUUAUUAUUUAAAUUACACCAAAAGGGUCGAAUUUUUUCGAGGUCCCCACUUGUGAUGUGCGUAUCUCAGCCACAUAGCCGAUUGAAUGCAGACACAAAUUAUAAUUGUUAAUAUUAAGAAAAGCGCUAAAAUUUUCGCUGAUGUUGAUAUUUAUUGUUUUUCCUCUUUGCGACUUGUAGAAAUACGCUUAACGCACACAGCCCUUAUUGCUUCAAUUUGAAAGGGUAGGUUGACAAUCUAUUCCUUGUAACAAUAAGAGAAAGAUUCUAGACAAGAUACUGUGUUAAAAUUGAAAGUAUAAUCAGUGUGUCUGAAGAAACGAAAUUCAAUUUCCCAACGAGCCUGCUGCUUCUUCAGGCACUCAUUUGCUGUUCAGAGGGUUUAGUGAAAAAAAUAUAGGUGGAUGUUGCUGAAUUAUUUAAUAAGGCUUGAAACAAAAUUACUGUAAAUAUCGUCUCUUUUCGGAAACUGUUUCCUCUUUGCCCUAUUAUACGAAAGUGGUCUUCCCUCACUUGUUAUGUGUUAAAUUUAAGCAUUUCUUGUGUCUCUUCUUCGAGUCCAAUAAGUAAAAAGAAAUAUCAAUUUAGAUGUUUAUCACGGGAAAAAUUGUAAAAUAUUAUAUUGAAUUGCGUGCACGUCAACACUUUUCUAAUAUUUGGUUGCGCCAGAAAUGUGAUAGGGAGUCCGAGCUCAUUUGUGGAGAGUCCGCAGGGAGGCAUUUGAGAUUGCAAUUGAUGAACACUGUGCCAAUUCCUAUUUUGUAUAGCCCCGGAUGGAAUUGAUAAAUAGAGUUGAAACGCAACCAGAGGGAGAAAUAAAAUUUAGAAAGCGGAUAAAAAGAAAUAAUUUUUCUUGCAGACUCGAUUAAGGUGGAAAUCAACCUUUUUGAUAAUUGGGAAUUUUAGAAUAAAAUUCCUGGUCGGUUUCAAAAAGUGAGAAAAUCGUUCUUUCUUUGAUUUAAAAUACCACCCCUGGCAUUUCUUUUCAUGAAAGCCAAGUGCUGCGAUGUGGAAUUGUGGAUGCGGUGGCGAGUGCUGUGAGCGGAACGUUUACCCGCAAGGAGAUAGAGGCGCACCCAAGAUCAAUACACUCGGCGAACGUACACAUAUACUCUUGUGGCGAAUAUUUCUCAAUGUCAGACUCUCGACGGGAGCAUGCGGUGUGUUGAAUAAGGGCGGGUAUUUGCAAGCACACGGUUUAAAAGAGG